AUGGUUAAGUUUGUCCUGUCGUCCAAGCCGGAUGCCAAGGCUUGCACUGUGGCUGCCAUUGUUGAGAUUGGAGACGGCGCCUACAGGAUGAGUUGUAAGGUCGUUAUCUGCCACCUGAGGCGGGGACGACAACAAGGGCGCUCCUGGGAGAUCCUGACUAAGGCGUUCAAGCUCCAAGACAUCACCUUCUUCGAGGGGAAACUCCAUGCCCUUGACACAGAAGCCUGCCUCCAUGUCUUCCAGGAAGAAGACCUACAACAGCGCCCUCAUCAGCGGUGGAGCAUGCCACCUGCGAAGCAGCAAUUCUACGACGUCAAGCUGCACCUGGUUGUCCUCCAUGGGAGGCUGCACAUGGUCGGCAGGGGCUUAGGGACGACCCGGUGGACGACAUUCACCAACAAUAUAGGGGUCUUCGCGCUCGUCGGCGAGAUGACGAAGCCACCGGUGCCAGUCAAGGACUUUGACGGGCACGCGAUCUUUGUCGGCGACGCCUGCUGCGACGCUUUCGUAGUUGAGGCAGCUGCUUUAGGCCGCAUGAUAAGAGAGAACCAGAUUUGUUUCGUCGACGACGAGAAGAACAUGAUGUCGCUGGCCACCACCGGCCGCCGGCCUUUCCGGCUGCUGCAAUCCUACGACGUGCGCAACGGCUGCCUCCGCGCAUACGGACCCAGCACCGCCGCGGUGGGGACCUGGCGGUGCGUCACGGCACAGCGUUUCCCGCAGAGCAGCGCCAUUGGACCACCGCUGCGGGCCUCUCUGUCGAAGGCGGAGCUGCUGCUGUGGAACGUGGCCAACUGCCUGGGAGCAUGGGACCGGCCCUUAUAUACAACGCGCCAUCAGGACGAUGGCGCAGGCGUCGCCGUGACAGUGGAGAUCGAGGUGCCCAAGACAUCCAGAAUAAUGGAAGGGGAAGAGCCCCUCUUUGAGUGGAGUUUCACGCAGCAGCGGGGGUCAGCCAAGAAAGCGAAGCAGGCGGCGGCGCACGAGGCCGUCACGUUCCUGCGGAGUCGGUUUCGCAGCAUCCUAGACGACAGCCCCUGGAGCUCCGUCCCUCACUACCAUAGCCACGUCGACGAGGAGGAAGAAGCAGUCCAAGAAGACGACGCCGAAGGCGGCAGUUUGUUUGGGUAUACACAUUGGUACGGUGACAUUAACUACUAG